AUGAAAGUAUUGAUAAUAGGCGGCGGCGUCGGAGGUCUUUGCUUAGCGCAUGGUCUUCUCAAGGCAGGAAUAGAAGUGCAGGUGUUUGAGCAACAGUUGAAUAACACUGAGAACUUAGCUGGAUAUGGAAUCCAUAUCAAUCAAGAUGGUAGACGUGCAUUGCGGGCCUGCCUACCUCUUUCAAACUGGACACAACUCCAGACUAUUUUUACACCCGCUGGGGCACAGCUAUAUUUUCGCGACACGCAGCUACAGCUCUUAGCCGAACGAGAUGAUGCAGAGCUAAGUGGAAAGUCGAUCAAGGAAACAGAGCGGUGUGGUAUCGGACGACUGGAGCUUCGCGAUGUCUUACUCGAAGGUCUUAUCAACAAAUCACUUCCGGUUGUCCAGUGGAACAAAGUCUUCAUUCGUUAUGACCAACUCGAAGGGCAUGUUCGCGCCCAUUUUUCCGACGGGACCUCUGCUGAUGGAGAUUUACUUGUUGGUGCUGACGGACCAAACUCGACGGUACGCCAUCAAUAUCUUCCGAAUCUGAAACGUUUGGAUCUUGGGGUAUCCGCUAUUGCUGGCCGUUACUUGCUCAAUGAGAAGCGAAUUGAAAAUCUUCCAGCUGAGAUAACGGAUGGAUCACUGAACAACAUUGUCCCAUAUGGGAAAGGUUGGAUGUUUAGUUCAGCUUGGAAAUCAAGACCCGCUGAUGGAAAUCAUUAUUCGGAGGCGGAACAUUACGUUGUCUGGGCGUAUGUAUUGCCAACAGAAGACAUUCCUCAAAACGUCGAUGGGCUCGACGGAGCGAAGUUGAGAGACCACGUACUUGAGGUUACGAAAGGAUGGUCGCUACAGUUACGAAACAUGUUGAGCGACUCGGACACGUCCUCUAUCAAGUAUCUAUCUCUACGUUCGAUGCCAACUCUACGCCAAUGGGAUCCCAGUAACGUCACCCUUCUGGGUGAUGCUAUUCACAAUAUGACGCCUAUGGGCGGUAUUGGUGCGAACACUGCACUUCAAGAUGCAGAAGUUCUUUCAAAGCAUAUUACGGACGUUGCGGCUGGUAGAUUGACCAUAGUUGAAGCAGUUGGCAAUUAUCAAGGUGAAAUGUUGGUUUAUGCCAACGAGGCAUUGCAGCUGUCUCGGAGAAAUGCAGAAACCGCAUGCAACGGGAGAGGAAUCCGACGCUUUAUUUUUCGGGGUCUUCUUCGUGCUGCGCAAGCUUCUCCUGCGAUUAUGCGUGCGACUAUUGGACGAACAGCAGUGAAAGAGUAA